UAUAGCAAGCACAUCCUUAUACCAGAUCGCUCAUAUAUAGUUCAAGCCAGCCGCAAAAAAUACACAUUUUUCAGCGGUUGUCGGCAGUUGAGUUUUCUAAACAGAAAGCAGACUCUGGUUCUUUCCUCAAUUUCCGUUCUUUUUAUCAUCAUCCUUCCUCAAUUUCAGUUUACCGUCCUUAUUUUAUAGUGUCAGCCCAUAGCUCAUACUUUAUUUCAACGACUUAUUAAAGAUGUCCAGUGAAGUCAAAUCCGGGAAUGAGCAUCCACAAAGUUAUGUCGGUUUCGCAAACUUACCCAACCAAGUUCACAGAAAAUCGGUCAAAAAGGGCUUCGAGUUUACCCUGAUGGUUGUCGGUGAGUCAGGGCUGGGAAAAUCGACGUUGGUCAACAGUUUAUUUCUCGCAGACCUUUAUUCCGACAGAAAAAUUCCAGAUGCCAAAGGUAAUGGACACCACGCCAACGGGACAGUGGGCGUGGUGGGCAACGGUUAUAGACCAACGACAGGGGCAAGAAAUGGUCCUGAACUCACUUCGCAACAACUUUUAGAAAAGUUUCACAAGAAUGUGAAAAUCAGUGCCAAAACAGUAGAGAUUGAAGAACGAGGUGUUAAACUGCGACUGACCGUUGUCGACACUCCAGGAUUUGGCGACGCCAUCAACAAUGAGGACAGUUUUCAGUCAAUUGUCAAGUAUAUCGACGACCAAUUUGAGAAAUUUUUUCACGGAGAAAGAGGCUUAAAUCGGCGAAACAUUACAGACAGUCGUGUCCACUGUUGUUUUUAUUUCAUUUCACCCUUUGGCCGUGGCCUUAAGCCUCUGGACAUCCAGUUUAUGAGACAAUUGCACCAGAAGGUAAAUAUCGUGCCAGUCAUAUCGCGAGCAGAUGCGUUGACAAAGAAGGAAGUCGAUGAUUUGAAGAAACAAAUUCGACGUGAGAUUAACGAUGAAGGGAUCAAGGUAUAUACUUUGCCGGAGGUAGAUGAAGAUGAAGACCAGGAAUACAAGGAAGAGGUUCGGCAAAUGAAGGAAGCUAUGCCUUUCGCUGUAGCUGGUUCUACGACCAGCAUUGAAGCGAAGGGGAAGAAACUUCGUGGUCGCGUGUAUCCUUGGGGAGUGGUUGAAAUUGAAAAUCCGGAGCAUUCUGAUUUUAUUAAGUUACGGAACAUGCUGAUAACCCACAUGCAAGACUUGCAAGAGGUCACACAAGAAGUACAUUAUGAGAACUAUCGUCUUCAGAAAUUGGCCGAAGAGGCUCGUGCCGGACAGGCUGAACUAAUUUUGGACCAUCAUGCAGGAGAUACUGCUACGGACAAGGAGAAAAUGAAACGAAUGUUGGAAGAGAAGGAAUCAGAAUUGAGAAAAAUGCAAGAAAUGAUGGCUAAAAUGAAAGCGGAAAUGAGCAUGAACUCUUCGAAAUAACUUUCUCGCAAACUUCAACGAAACGAUUGGCCACAUCGUAUAUUGUCCUUAUAAGUUUUACCAGAUCUUAAAAUGUCCCAACCGCUUUUUAUAAUUUUGUACGCUUUUUUUACAGAGUUGUGCAUGCAUACCAAUGUUUUACUAUUACAUCUAUACGCUUGUUCUCGUUCUAGUGGUUUUCACAUAAUCAUUAAUUGUUAUUAUAAAAUAUUGUGCCUACAUAUAUUUCUUAAUUCUCAGGACAUACAUACAUACAUUUAGAGUGUGGACUUGUCUAAACAGAUUGAUUUAGCUUCCAAAUGUCAAUAACAAAACUAAAGUGAACUAUUUCUACUUUCAUAAUUAAUUAAUAAUGAGUAAUAAAUUAAAGACAUUAAGCACUAUGCAA